UAGCAAGGUCUGAUCUGAUCUGGGGCGAUCUGAGGGCGGGGGAGGAGAAAAAAAAGGAACACCGGAAAAAGAAUCGACGAUUACUAUUAUGACGGCCGGCGCACCCGCCGACGGCAACGGCGGCGACAGGACGCUCACAGUGCAGUGCCAGUGCGGCAGCGUGUCGUUCCCGACGCCGGCGGCCGCGCCCGUCACGACGUUCUUCUGCCACUGCACCGACUGCCAGAGACAGUCAUCGUCGGCCUUCGGCACGUCUGCCAUCUUCCCGGCCGCGGGCCUAUUCCCGCUCGCGCCCGAGCUCGCCGCGCGCAUGCGCGUCUACCACCGGCCCAGCCAGAACGGGCGCACCAUGGACUGCUACUUCUGCCCGAACUGCGGCUCGCGGCUGAUGCACCGCAUCUUCGGCGCCGACGGCACGCCGCGGCCGAGCGUGGCGAUCAAGGGCGGCUGCAUCGACGGGCUCGACUGGGGCGCCGUCCGCAUGCACAUCUUCACGCGCUCGGCCGUGGUGAAGCUGCCGGACGACGCCGAGAAGUACGAGGCGCUGCCGCCGUGGAUGAAGAUGGACUAGCCCACGCGGCCCUCGCUUCCGCCGGAGGGCUUGCGUGUGCCGGAGAGGGAGGGCGGAGGGGACAGAGGGCCGAUUGGUUGUCGGCGUGACGGGCUGGGAUGGAUGGCCAACGUGAUGUCAGUCGAGUGUGGACGCGCCGGGGAAACUCUGAGCGGCGCUCCGUCCGACCUGCCUGGCUGCAAGCCCUGGGCCAUGUCUG